UCGUCCAUUGAGAGCGUCGCAGGAAGCUGCUGCGGACCGAUAGUCACAUGGUCGCCGAAAUACGCGCGCUUUCGUUUUGUUUUUUGCUCCUGGAUUGAAAACGGUGUGAACUUUAAUAGUUUUUCGGAGGAUCCAACUCAAAGACACUAAUCUUUUCGUAUCAAAGUUGAAAAAAAAAAUUGUGCGACGAAAGGCUACGAAAAAAUAGAGGACGAAGAAACUAAAGCAAAUAGAUAAUUAUUUUUAAUUGUUUGACCAUUGGGUAACUGGCAGUGACUAUAUUAUUGAACAAUAUUAAGAGCGUUUAAGUAUACUUAAGGCAAGGUUAAAUAGAUCUAAAAACAGUUUCAUUUAGAUAGGAGGCAUCGCAAUUAAGAUCGGUCGAUGCGUAUCGAUGGUGUUGUGAUGUGGUGCGAAGACUUUUAUUGAACUGAAGGAGGAAAGUUUUAUAGAAGAAAGAAGUGUUAGUAGACUAUUUAUUCAAUUUUUUUGGAGAAUAAACUAGCAAAACGGCGGGGUACUUUCUCGAUUGGUACGCGGCGGUACAGCAGAAUAAUUUUGGAAAUUCCGACGAAUCAGGAUGCGAGGCUGACAUGGCGGAAGGCAGCGUGGAGGAGGACAACGGUGAAAUGUUGGGCCCCUCGGGGGCUCCCAUGCCCAUGCACGCUCCAGGAGCCCCUGCCAACCUAUCUGUCAAAGACGAGGAAAGUGAUUGUUCGGAAACUUCAAGUGUAGACUCCCCAUCCCCCGCGACGGACGCAGGGGGUUGCACUGAUUUAUCCCUGGGUCCUCCCAGAGCACCCAUGCCGCCCCAAACGCGUCAAGAUGACUGUCCGAGUGUAGAGAAUAAAAUGACGUCACCAGGGCCGCCUAAACAUAAUCAGGCCCAGCAGCAGUUGAACGGAACCAUGGCAAGUCUAGUCACACUACAAAACCUCCAAAACUUGGCAUCGCUGCAACAAACCUUACCACAAGUAGCGACGUUAGCUGCCAAUCUGUCAACCAUGGCGAGUUUGCAAUCGGCAACCAACAAUUCCAAUAUGGUUAACGGCCCGUUAAACCUUAGCGUUAGCGCAACAUCAGCCACAACACCCCGUUCCCAAGCCAGCGGCGUGCCCUGCGACUCUCCCCCCAACAGCAUGGGUCUGCUCAACCCCCAGCCUCCCCCAGCUUCGUCACUACCGCCCCCCAACCCCCUGUUGCAGUCUCCCCAACCGGCGCCCAUGCCUCAAUUUAUUUUGGCCUCGGGUCAAUUAGUCCAAGGCAUACAGGGGGCGCAAUUAUUAAUACCCACGUCGCAAGGGUUAGCCACCCAGACAAUUUUAACUAUCCCAGUAAACCAUGUAAAUAGUACAGAUCAAAUGGUUAACUUGGCUUUAAAUAACGGUCAAGUAAUGCAGACAUCUUUAGCUAACUUGCAAGCUAUGGCUCAAACCAACUUGUUGGCUAACAAUGCCAAUAACCAAGUAUCUUCAGCAAACGGAUCAAUUACUCCACAAACACUUCUUAAUCCGGCUACUCUAACUCAUCUCCUAUCAACCCCUAAUUCCGCUCAACAACUCCUCCAAUCCCUCCCUCAAAUGAUCUCCAACACACACCCACCUCAACAGACCACGCCUCUACUAAACUCCUUAACUCAACCGCUCCUAAAUCAAGCCACGCCGCUCCUAAGCCAGGCCACGCCCAUGUUCUCGCAAGCCCCGCCUUUGCUGAGCCAAGCCACGCCGCCUAACUCACAGACACCUCCGUCUCGAGUUCCUAUCGGUAACGGACAUUACGGAGAUGGGAAGUCGUUGGUGAAUUAUCCUGCGCAGACGGUGUCGAGGAAUAGUUCGCCACCCGGGAUGAAUGGAGGAGGUGGUAGGAGUAGUACUGGUGGUACUUCGGAUAUUAGUAUACCUACUAGUUUGGGAGGUGGAGGUGUGCAGAAUGUUAAGAGGAGUCCGAAUUCGUUGAGUCCGGGAUGUAAUGAUAAUUCGACUGCGGAUCUUUUAAUAGAUUCACCAAAUCAACCAACCAUCAACCAAACCAGCAGUAACGUAGUGGAUGGCAUCAACUUAGACGAGAUCAAGGACUUUGCUAAAGCUUUCAAACUCAGGAGGCUGUCCUUGGGACUUACGCAAACCCAAGUGGGACAAGCCCUAAGUGUGACGGAAGGUCCUGCUUAUAGUCAAAGCGCUAUCUGUAGUGCCCUGGCGUCCCAAAUGGUUGCAGCUGCACAACAGCAGGCAAUGUUCGAGAAAUUGGACAUAACGCCCAAGAGUGCGCAAAAAAUCAAACCAGUAUUAGAGAGAUGGAUGAAGGAAGCCGAGGAAAGUUGUUUUAGGUAUAAGAGCGGUCAGAAUCAUCUGACAGACUUUAUAGGUAUCGAACCUUCCAAGAAAAGAAAACGGAGAACGUCGUUUACACCGCAAGCCUUAGAAUUAUUGAAUGCUCAUUUUGAAAGAAACACUCAUCCAUCAGGUACGGAGAUUACAGGACUAGCUCACCAACUAGGCUAUGAACGGGAAGUGAUACGUAUAUGGUUCUGUAACAAAAGACAAGCUUUAAAAAACACUGUUAGGAUGAUGUCGAAAGGAAUGGUUUAAUGACACUAGCUGUAGAAAUGUCUGUGAUUCUGUAUGUUCGUAUAUUUAUAUCAUGCCCGGUUUUUUAUUUUUGUGUGGUAUGUCUCGAGAAAAUUUAAACAAAAUAAACUAUUAGUAGGAUAAGGAUCUAUGAAUUGUACUUGUACAGAUUUAUUGAUGAUGAUAAAAUUUGACGAUUCAUGACAAAAGUAAAAUACUCAAUCAUAAUGUGUGUGUACUUGAUAGUUCUUUUACACAGACUGUUGUCCUUUUUAGAUAGUAUUUGUAUUUAACUUUUCUUUAAAAUUAUGCAGAUUGGAUAGAUUAUAAAAAAUUAGACCUUGUUAGAAAAUAUCACAAUAUUAUUUCAAAUAAUCAAUAUAACUAUUGUAAUAAUCGAUACAUCACGUGGAUAUUUUGUCACUGAGCCAGAAAUCUCUCUUGAUUUAAUCAUACAAAAACAAUUUGAUUGAUUUGAUGAUUUAUAUUAGGCAGUAACAUUUAUGCUUCAUUGAGUACCUCGAAAUUACUGGAGUAAAUUAGUGAAUUCAAUAAUUAUACGUCAGUGUGUUAAGAAUCUCUUAACUCACGCAUUUUGAGUGAGCUAAGGGCAUUUUCAUUACCGCACUAAUGUUGGGAUGACU